GAAGCUGCGGGGCGGGGCGGGCGCGCGGUGGCGGCCGCUAGGAGGCCCCGUGCCUUCCGUCUUGCGGCGCGCCGACGCUCGCCUUUGUCCCCGUGAGGCGCGAGAGGCGGCGGCCCCCAGGUGAGGGCGGAAGCGCUGCGGAGGGGGCCCGGCUUGACCCCAUCCCGGGAGCCUUGGAUUGCCGGGCAGAGCUCCCUCCACGCGCACCUGCGCUAGCCUGGCACGGCCCAGCCCGCUGCCUGGGAGGCGGGGACGCGGGGCCCGUCCCAAAGCACUGUCCCUGCGAGGGCUGCCCUAAAAACGUGGGCCGGUAGGGACGCUCGACCUGUUCGUGUGAGGGCCUCCGCACCCUCCCCCACAUUCCCAGCCGUGUCUCCAGCCCGCGUCUUGAAUGGCACCUGGUCGGCUGUCCCUGUUGUCACUGGGCUGGAAACCUGUCUUUCUUUCGGACCUUGCUCUUCCUUUUCAUAGAACUGUACCAGGAAGUCUCCGUGUCUGGCCCACAAAGGCGGCUUGCAGUUGAUGAAAGCGUUCUGGACUGGUCCAGUGUGUCAUUCAACCAACUGAACUGAGUCCAAACCCGCGGGCACCUGUCCCGGUCGAGGGUACUGCCCCAAGUAACUGCAGAGCUUCCGGUCUUCAGAAUGCCUGUAAUUAGAGGUCUCACUAUGCAAUUCAGGCUAGCCUUAAACUCACUAUGUAGCCCAGGCUGACCUCAAACUCGGGAGAUCCUCCUGCCUCAGCCUCCGGAGCGCUGGGAUGACUGCCACACCUGGCCGACAUGCUUACCCCUCCUGGAAGCAGGCAUCAGGCUCACUAGCAGCCUGGCUUACGGGUCUCCAUCCACGUACCUCUGGAGGGGUGCUCCAAGGACGUCCGUCGGGCAUGGACAAGGGAGCCCCUAACUCAAAACAUCCACGGCAUCACUUCACAUUGGAACAAACUUACUUAGCAGGGCUCGUUAUCCGGUCUGCCGUGUGGCUCGCCUUCCCGGAUUUUGUUGAACACAUCUCCACGGGGAACAGGACAGACGUGUGGCCUGCUGCUUUCUGCGUGGGGAGUGCGAUGUGGAUCCAGCUGCUGUACAGUGCCUGCUUCUGGUGGCUCUUCUGCUACGCGCUGGACGCCUACCUGGUGAUCCGCAGGUCUGCAGGACAGAGCACCAUCCUGCUCUACCACCUCAUGGCCUGGGGCCUGGCCGUGCUGCUCUGUGCCGAGGGAGCCGCUAUGCUCUACUACCCCUCCGUGUCCAGGUGUGAGAGGGGCCUGGACCACGCCAUCCCGCACUAUGUGACCACGUACCUGCCGCUGCUGCUGGUCCUGGUGGCCAACCCGAUGCUCUUCCACAAGACUGUGGCUGCAGUGGCAUCCUUGCUGAAAGGCAGAAAAGGCAUUUACACGGAGAACGAGAGGCGGAUCGAAGCCGUGAUCAAGACCCGAUUUUUCAAAAUAAUGCUGGUUUUAGUUGCUUGUUGGUUGCCCAACAUUAUCAAUGAAAGCCUUCUAUUCUACCUUGAGAUGCAACCGGAUAUGGACAGAGACUCUCUGAGAAGCGUCAGAACUGCAGCCAAGACCACGUGGUUUAUUAUGGGGAUACUGAACCCAGCGCAAGGAUUUCUCCUAUCCCUGGCCUUCUAUGGCUGGACAGGGUGCAGCCUGGACUUUCAGUCUCCUAAGAUGCUGAUCCAGUGGGAAUCCAUGACGACCUCAGCUGCUGAGGGGACCUGCCACCCGCCCGAGGGCUCCUGUGUGCCCGGGAAGGUGGCGCCUGUCAGGGAACACACUUCGGACGAGGCCCUGAGUAUGCUGUCUGGAGGUUCUGAUGCCAGCACCAUUGAAAUCCACACUGCAAGUGGGUCCCACAGUGGAAAUGCCUUGGAUGCUGUCCCCCAAGCUCAGGGAGACCUGUGAGUGGCUCUUCUGAAGCUGGGUGUAACAUUCAGUGGAAGAUCCACCUUCUUGGAAAAGGAGUUAAAUAAAGUCAUCGUGGUUGCUGCA